GGCCGGCCGCGCCGAGCCUCGCUGGGGAACUGGCUGGCUGGGGGGGCCGCGGGCGCCGGGGCUGGCCCUCACCCCGGCCGCCCGGCCGCCCACAAUGCCCGGUUUCGACUACAAGUUCCUGGAGAAGCCCAAGCGGCGGCUGCUGUGCCCGCUGUGCGGGAAGGCCAUGCGGGAGCCAGUGCAGGUCUCGACCUGCGGCCACCGCUUUUGCGACACCUGCCUGCAGGAGUUUCUCAGUGAAGGAGUUUUUAAAUGUCCGGAGGACCAAUUGCCCCUGGACUAUGCCAAGAUUUAUCCCGACCCGGAGCUCGAAGCUCAGGUCUUGAGUCUGGCCAUCCGCUGCAUCCACAGUGAGGAGGGCUGUCGCUGGACCGGAGCCCUGCGGCACCUGCAGGGCCACCUCAACUCCUGCGGCUACAACGUGGUGUCCUGCCCCAACCGCUGCAGUGCCAAGCUGAGCCGCAGGGACCUGCCCACCCACCUGCAGCGCGAGUGCCCCAAGAGGAGGCUCAAGUGCGACUUCUGUGGCAUCGACUUUACCGGGGAAGCCUAUGAGAGCCAUGAGGGGGUCUGCCCACAGGAGAGCGUGUACUGCGAGAACAAAUGCGGGGCCCGAAUGAUGCGCCGGCUGCUGAGCCAGCACAUGAUGACUGAGUGCCCCAAGCGGACCCAGCCUUGUGCCUACUGCUCCAAGGAGUUUGUCUUUGAUACCAUCCAGAACCACCAGCACCAGUGCCCCCGCUACCCUGUGCCGUGCCCCAACCAGUGUGGAAUGGGGAGCAUCCCGAGGGAGGACUUGCCCAGCCACCUGAAAGAGAACUGCAGCUCGGCUCCCGUCCUGUGCCCCUUCAAGGACGCGGGCUGCAAACACCGGUGCCCCAAGCUGGCCAUGGGCCGCCACAUGGAGGAGAGCGUGAAGCCGCACCUGGCCAUGAUGUGCGCGCUGGUGAGCCGGCAGCGGCAGGAGCUGCUGGAGCUGCGCCGGGACGUGGAGGAGCUGUCGGUGGGCUGCGACGGCGUGCUCAUCUGGAAGAUCGGCGGCUACGGGCGGCGCCUGCAGGAGGCCAAGGCCCGCUCCAACCACGAGUGCUUCAGCCCGGCCUUCUACACCCACAAGUACGGCUACAAGCUCCAGGUCUCCGCCUUCCUCAACGGCAACGGCAGCGGCGAGGGGACGCACCUGUCCCUGUACAUCCGGGUGCUGCCCGGCGCCUUCGACAACCUGCUGGAGUGGCCCUUCUCCCGCCGCGUCACCUUCUCCCUGCUGGACCAGAGCGACCCGGCCGUCACCAAGCCCCAGCACGUCACGGAGACCUUCCACCCGGACCCCCACUGGAAGAACUUCCAGAAGCCGGGCACCUGGAGGGGCUCGGUGGACGAGAGCGCCCUGGGCUUCGGCUAUCCCAAGUUCAUCUCCCACCAGGACAUCCGCAAGCGCAACUAUGUGCGUGAUGAUGCCGUCUUUAUCCGCGCUUCAGUAGAGCUGCCCAAGAAGAUCCUGAGUUGAGGACUGGGGUGGGCGGGGUCUCUGCUGCUGAGGGCAGGGACGGGGAGAAGGGGGCGGGCCCCCCCUCCCACGCCCCUCCCCUUUCACCACACUAGGCCAGGUUGCCCUUCCCCCUGCCCGCCGGGCUCCCACUGUGUCCCCCUGCCAUGUACCUCCCCCUCAGGUGCCUCUUAUUGGUGCUUCCCCCCCAGUCCCCGCCCCCUCUGGGGAAGGGAUGGGGGGGGGAAUAGGCACUGGGGUCUUUAAGGGCUUGAAAUAAAUGAUCCUUUCUUGGGGGGUCCACAGCUGCCUUGGCCCCUGUCCACUGUACUGUACUGGGGAGCAAGGCAAGCUGCUUGGCCCCCACCCCAAGAGCCAUAGGGAGGCGAGGCGGGGCCGGAGUGAGCCUGCCGGAGCUCCAGCCCUCUCCAUCCCCUGAAGCUGUGCCCUCUCCGGUUAUUUAUUGCUCUGGUGCCCAUGGGGCACAGCGGGGGAGCCCUGGUUUGUAAUAAAUUCUGGAUUGUGUAUUUA